ACGAAAACCAUAAAAAUGCAAACGAACACGACACCGGAACCGGCUGCUUCGGACUCGAACGCCGAACCCGGAACUGAGCAAGAGGCCCUCCGCGAUGAGCUCGAGAGGCUGGAGGAUGAAAAUGAAGACCUUAAGGGUGAGAUUGAGGAGAUGCGGGCGGAAAUGGAUGAGAUGCGCGAUACAUUCUACGAGGAGGACACGCACCAGCUGCAGGAAAUGCGGCGAGAGCUCGAGAGAGCGAACAAGAGCUGCCGAAUCCUGCAGUAUCGGCUUCGAAAAGCCGAACGGAAGCGGGCCCGGUUUGGGCAAGGCGGGGAGGUAGACGACGAAGUGCUUCGAAACCUGGAGCAGGAAUUGAAGGUGGCGAAGGACGUGUCGGUGCGUCUGCACCACGAGCUGGAGAGGGUGGAGGAGAAGAGGACCAAGACGGAGGAGGAGAACGACAAGCUGCGGGAGAAGCUCAUCAGCCUGGAGGUCACCAAGCAGGCCCUGCAGGGGGAGCUGGACAAGGGCAAGGGGGGGCAGAAGAGGAGAGGCAGCAAAGAAGCCCAGAAGACUGACAGGAGAACCACACCCACAGAGGACGAGGACAGUGACGACCUGCGCUGCCAGCUGUCCUUCCUGAACGAGGAGGCGGAGCUGCUGCGCCGGCGCAUGGUGAGCGUGGAGAAGGAGCGGGAGGCGGCCGAGCACCACCUCAACCAGUACCGCACGCUGUACGGCGAGCUGCCGCCGUCCAACCCCCAGCAGCACGCCGGCGGCGCCAUGGUCCUGGGCCUGCACCCCAAGGGCGAGGCGGCCGGCCCGCCCAGCAGCCGCGAGGCCGAGCUGAAGCUGCGCCUGCGCCUGGUGGAGGAGGAGGCCGACGCGCUCAGUAGGAAGAUUGUGGAGCUGGAGGUGGAGAACCGAGGCCUGCGGGCCGAGCUGAGUGACCUCCGAGGAGAUGAGGACACCAUGGGAGGCGGAGGGGGCGGCUCUGGACUCGGGAGGCCACAGGGCCCCGGCCUAUCGGAGCUCAGGGAACAGUUGCUGCUGCUGGAGGAGGAGGCGGAGUUACUGCGGCGCACCCUGUCAGAGGCCGAGGAGCGCAACGAGAGGAUGACAGCCGAGCUGCAGACGCUACGCUGCAGGGAGGUGGGCGGAUCCGGAGUGGGCUCGGGGGCGGAGUCUGUUCAGGAAGAGCUGCGCGCGGCCCGGCGGCAGGUCAACGCCCUGGCUGGGAAGGUACUGCAGCUCCAGACGGAGAAGCGCCGGCUCAUGAACAACGACCCCUCGUUAGCAGCCUCGGUGACGGGCUCGACCUCUGACCUCUCCGUGGCGACGACGGGCGCGCGGGACAGCCCCACGCCCAGCGAGGGCGCCCUAGACCAGCACCCGCCCUCGUCACGACAGCGAGAGGGCCCCGUGGGCGGGGAGAGCGACCCAGACGAAUCGCACGGCGCCGCCUGGUCCCAGCUGGCUGAGUCCCGCCCCCUGGGCCGCAGCCGGCAGCAGCUGAUUGGCUGCCAGCAGAUGGUGGACAUCCGUCAGGAGGCAGAGCGGCUGGGCGGCACCAUCGAGAGACUGAUUAGCGACACCAGCGCCAUCAUCACUGACGCCCGUGACGGCGCCACUUCCUCCUCGUCCUCCUUGUCCGUCACUUCCUCCUCCUCCGCCACGGCCUUGGCGGUGGUCAACGGCAACCUGGCCGUGGUGCCGGCUGACGGACAGGAGGAGGCGGCCAGUGGCAGUGGCGGAGGCAGUGGCAGUGGGCGGGAGCAAGAGCUGCUCCAACGAAUCAACGGGCAGAUGAAGGGCUUCCGGCGGGACUUGCAGGGCUUUAUCCAGCGGCUGGAGGUGCCCCGGCCCCACGGACGAGAGCUGGAGGAUACGUCUGUGAGUGUGUGUACGCGUCUAUCUAUGUGCUCUGUCUCUCCGUUGUCUGUUUGCCUGUUUUCGGGGUGUACUACUGUACUUUGCAACCGUACUGGCGAUGCAUAAUGUGUGUAAGUGUGUCUUCGCAUGGAAGGUAUUUGGUUCGGAUUGGAUGUGUUUGUGUGUUUCCAUGUGUGUGUGCAUGUGUGUAGUUGUGUGUGUCUGGAUGCAUAUGCAGUAUGUGUUCAUGUGUGUAUGGGGGUGUAUAGUUUUAUAUUUGUGUGAGUACGUGACAUGAGUGGGUACUGUUAAGUGUGUUGAGUGUGUGUUUGUGUUUGUGCAUGUUUGUGUUUGUGUGUACUUGUGUGUCUGUGGUUUUUUUUUUAAUUCACUUGCAUGUUUAUGUUCAUGUUUGCAGUUACGUGCAUGUGUGUGUAUGCAUAUGUAAGUAUAUGUGUAUAUGUGUAUGUUUAUGCAUGUGGUACUUAUCUGUCAUUAGUGUAGCUUAGUAAACUAGAUACAGCAACUGUAGGAACAGGCCAGAGGCGGUAAAAAGAUUUGUCCUUUUAAAACCUUCGAUAAUAUUGGGGAAUGUUUAGAAAAAUGUAGACAUUUCAUUGGCUGCCCCCCGAACCGCUUCAUAGCUCAUUGCAUAUUGUUACCUGAAGAUCAACCUCUCUUUCGACACCUUUGACGCCAUCAACGCCAAAACCGUGUUUGCAGCUUUUUGCCACUUGCUGUUCCAUAUAAAGUUAAUGACUUUGCCACUUUUACCGCCUCCAUUUUGUUCAUUCAGUAAGCCACUGAUAUUUUUGACUGGCGGUUUGGUCUUGCAUCGCACCAUAGGAAAUAAUCGUGACUGGGUCAAGCAUUUGUCUUCCACAAUGAUGUUCAUACAGUUCUUUGUAGAAAAUCAUUGGGGCCUGCUUAAGUUAUGGUACAGCUAUGCAGGUCUGUGACGUUUUAUUAAUCAGUAUGUCACAUGUUGGCUCCACCCACAGUCUUCAGCUUGACCUAUGGUGCGAUCCCAGACUAUGUAGUUAUUUGAUGUAAUAGUUUGCCACCCAGACUAUCAUUUAUGUUUAUGUAGACUAGAAAGUGAUUGAUGUGCAUUUAGAUUUGUAAAAACUGGAAUGCAUGUGUUUGAAGGAGCAUGAUUAGACUGAAUCAUUGUGUUAGA